UUUUCCUGAUGACUGAUCUAUGUCCCAGAAUGACUCUUUCAGUGAGAUGUCAAACAUUUCACAUAAUAGUAUUUUCCAGUUUAUUUAUUAUUAACGUAAGCAUGACUAAACUGAUAUACUAUUUUGCAACUUCUUUUGAGUGACAUUAAUGACUUGGAAAUAUUUUCCCUUUUAAUAAAAUAUUUAAUUGCUGAAUCAUUUGGUGUGAUUUUAUUACUUUGAAACUCUUUGUAUGGUAGCCAACCUCUAUUUCUUUAAUGAAAUUAGAGAAAUGGAAUUAAAUACUCAUGUCCACAUACACUUUUCAGUGGAAUUUCUUAUAUAAAAUUGAGGAGAGGGAAACCUCUAACAUGAAUUUGAAGUAGUUCUGUUACUCCUUUGAUUUUAUUUUUUCUUGCCUUAGGAGUCUGGAAUCCUUCAAAGAAUUGUCCAGGGGCUGGUAAGACCAAUGAUUGAUUAGCUUCUUAUCUGUGACAAUCCCCAUCUAACCGUGACCUAAACCCAGAGACCCCUGCCAGCUCAGCAGCUCACAGUUCUGGCAGCCUGACUUGUGGUAGGUUAUGCGGAGAGCAAUAGAAAGAGCUUCUCCUCCCUCAGCUCUACUCAGGAUCUUCUGGGAGUGAUGCAUGUGGCCAUAAUUAUAUUUAAACGUGACUGUUCUGUUUCUGAAGAAAGCAAAUCAAACCUGUAAUCAGGAAACUGGUCCGCAGAUUACAGCACAACCACGUGCGUGAGCCUGGAAGACAAGUCUCCUUGCUCUUCUCUGAGGGUUUUUUUUGUUGUUGUUAAUGUGAUUAAUUUCAGUUCAAGGAGCAGGGAACAUCACAUUUUCCAGGAGAAUCAUCUUGGUUUACCCCGUCUCUCAACUCAGGUGGAAGGGUUUCCUCAAUCGGAAGGGAGAUACAGUUCAAAGCAGGAAAGCGAAGACCGUUUUAUGACUCCGACGGAAAAACUCUCUUCGUUCUGAAAAAACCGAAGGCGUCUAAAGACAGGAUACGCUCAAAUAAAUCUUCAGCCAGCAACAGGAUCUGUAACCAACCUGUCCUGCCUCUUCCCCAGCGCCCGCUGAGUGCUUGCAACCCUGUUCCCAGUUCACCCAGCGGGCGCGUGCGGAGUCGGCCCUCGGCUCGCGGGCGGGGGAAGGCUCCCAGGGCGCCCGCUAAAUAGCAAACAGAUGCCGGACACGCCGGAGAUCUCACGGACCAGGGCACCGCCGCGGAGACGAGUUCCAGCCCGGAGGCUUCCAAGGGAAAAGGCUGGCGGCCGCCAGACUGUCUUAGUCUCUUUGCUUGAAACGGGCUAGUUUUGAAAGCAGGGCGACCUUUUUCCCCGGGCAGGGGUGCAGAGAGGCAGAUCCGGCUCCAGGACUGGAAACCGCAUCCCAGCUGCCGAGGAGCUAAGUGGCGGCUUCCCGCCUGGCCCCUUCCCGAGGUAAAGCGGCCGUUUCCUUUCCUGCACCGGGGAGACCCAGACGCCACGCUCCCUGGCUUUAUGUCGCCCCCUCCUCGAGCCCCACUUCCCAAUCUCUGAAAGGCUCCAGGACUCGCGACCUUGUUUCCCUCCUCGCGCUUGCUGCCUGGGUCGCGUGAGUCCCGAGCUUCUUCGGGAAUUUAAGGCCAAAGGUUUGGCUCUGAAAGUUAGUUUUGACUGCGCCGCUGUCCCUCCCAGGGUCAUUUCAGAACGCGCCCCCAAAAGUCCUGGUGCUUAAGCCCCCACCGCACCCCCUAAAGCACGAAUCCCCGGGGUGGUGGCCAGCAGGUGUGCUGCCGGCAGCUCAUCACGGCAGUCGAGGAGCUGAGGAUGCUCUGUACCUGCCUCUUUUCCGACAACACUUGAAACCGCCCCGGGGCACACCCAACACAUCCCAUGAAUCCAAAUAUCCCUGACACAGGUGUCCGAAUUCGAGUUUGGUCCGACCCUCCCCUCCCCGCGGCGACGCGGGGAGCCUCUUCUGCAAGGUCUUUUCCUUCGGACCCGAAGGGGCGCGCGCUUCGGUGCGCUGGGUCCACCUCUUCCCUAGGCUCGGGCGGGGGCGGGGGUGGGUAGGCAGGGACCUGGAUCUGAUUAGCUGGGAGGGGGAAAGCCGUGGGCCCAACUGCUCUCUCCUGUCUGCCGGGUUCCUCGAGGAGGAGGAGGAGGGACGGUACAAAAGAGGAGGGGCAGGGGUCCCAUGCCUGAGCGCCCGGGCCUGUGGUUUGAACCGCCGCCGCCGUCACCGGGCUCUCACCUCGCCCCCGCCCCAGGCCCCAGCCAUGGGGCCCCCUUCCAGCUCCGGCUUCUACGUGAGCCGCGCCGUAGCCGUGCUGCUGGCCGGGCUGGCUGCCGCGCUCCUGCUGGCGCUGGCGGUGCUGGCAGCCCUGUACGGCCAGUGCGCGCGCGACCCGUCGUCGGAGAUGCAGCACCGCGGGGGCCCGGGCGCCGCGCCGGUCCCGCCCCGCAAGCAGAAGGAGCAGCCGCCGACCCCGAAACCUGGCCCCGCUCGUAAGCCGGCGGUGGCGGCCACCCCAAGCGACUGGCGGCCCCCAGGACCCUGGGAUCAGCUGCGCCUGCCUCCCUGGCUCGUGCCGCUGCACUAUGAGCUGGAGCUGUGGCCCCGGCUGCAACCAGACCAGCUCUCGGCGCCCGCAUUGCGUUUCACUGGCCGCGUGAACAUCACGGUGCGCUGCAUCGUGUCCACCGCGCGGCUGCUGCUGCACAGCCUCCUCCUGGACUGUGACAGCGCCGAGGUGCGAGGUCCUCUGUCCCCAGUCACUGGGGACGCCACCAUAGGCCGCGUGCCCGUGAACGACGUGUGGUUCGCGUUGGACAUGGAGUACAUGGUGCUGGAGCUCGGCGAGGCCCUGCAGCCCGGGAGCCGCUACAAGCUGCAGCUCAGCUUCUCUGGCCCAGUGUACCAGGACACCUGGGAGGGGCUCUUCCUCAAUCUCUACACAGACCAGGGUGAGCGCAGGGCACUGUUAGCAUCUCAUAUGGAACCAACAUUUGCCAGGUAUGUUUUCCCUUGUUUUGAUGAGCCAGCUCUGAAGGCAACUUUUAGUAUUACAAUUAUUCAUCAUUCAAGUUAUGUGGCCCUUUCCAACAUGCCGAGGCUAGGUCAGUCUGAAAAAGAAGAUGUGAAUGGAAGCAAAUGGACCGUUACCACCUUCUAUACUACACCCCUCAUGCCAACUUAUUUAGUCGCAUUUGUCAUAUGUGACUGUGACCAUGUCAACAGAACCGAAAGGGGCCAGGAGAUAAGCAUCUGGGCCCGGAAAGAUGCCAUCGCCAAUGGAUAUGCAGACUUUGCUUUGAACAUCACAGGUCCCAUCUUCUCUUUUCUGGAAGACUUAUUUAAUAUUAGUUACCCUCUUCCAAAAACAGAUAUAAUUGCCUUGCCUACUUUUGACAAACGUGCAAUGGAAAAUUGGGGACUACUGAUGUUCGAUGAGUCAUUAUUGUUGCUGCAACCAGAGGAUCAGCUAACAGAAAAGAAGACUGUCAUCUCCUCCAUUGUCUCCCAUGAGAUCGGACAUCAGUGGUUUGGAAACAUGGUUACCAUGGCUUGGUGGAACAACCUCUGGCUCAAUGAGGGUUUUGCAUCUUAUUUUGAGUUUGAAAUAAUUAACCACUUCAAUCCUAAAUUCCCAAGAAAUGAGGUCUUUUUUACUAACAUUUUAUAUGGUGUCCUCAAAGAAGAUCACGCCCUGGUAUUUAGAGCUGUAUCCAUGAAGGCGGAAAAUUUCACAGAAACGGGUGAAAUAAAUGAGAUUUUUGACUUAUUUACUUACAACAAGGGAGCGUCUAUGGCCCGCAUGCUUUCUAGUUUCCUGAGUGAGAGUCUGUUUAUCAGCGCACUUAAGUCCUAUUUGAAGAUAUUUUCUUUCUCAAAUGCUGAGCAAGAUGAUCUAUGGAGGCAUUUUCAAAUGGCCAUAGAUGACCAGGGUAAAAUUCUUUUGCCAGCAACAGUGAAAAGCAUAAUGGACAGUUGGACGCACCAGAGUGGUUUUCCAGUUAUCACCUUAAAUGUAUCUACUGGCGUCAUGAAACAGGAGCCAUUUUAUCUUGGAAAGGUUAAAAAUCAGACUCUUCUAACCCACAAUGACACAUGGAUUGUACCUAUUCUUUGGAUAAAAAAUGGAACUACACAGUCUUUAGUCUGGCUAGAUAAUAGCAGCAAAGUAUUUCCUGAAAUGCAAGUUUCGGAUUCUGAGCAUGACUGGGUGAUUUUGAAUUUGAAUAUGACUGGAUAUUAUAGAGUUAACUAUGAUAAAUUAGGCUGGAAGAAAUUAAAUCAACAGCUUGAAAAAGAUCCUAAGGCUAUCCCUGUUAUUCACAGACUGCAGUUGAUCGACGAUGCCUUCUCCUUGUCUAAAAACAAUUAUAUCGAGAUCGAAACAGCACUUGAUUUAACCAAGUACCUUGCUGAAGAAGAUGAAAUCAUAGUGUGGCAUGCAGUUUUGUUGAAUCUGGUGACCAGGGAUCUUAUUUCCAAUGUGAACAACUAUGAUAUAUACCCAUUAUUAAAGAAGUAUUUAUUAAAGAGACUUAUGUCAAUAUGGAAUACUUAUUCGACUAUAAUUCGUGAAAAUGUGGCAACAUUGCAAGAUGACUAUUUAGCUCUAAUGUCACUGGAAGAACUCUUUAGAACUGCGUGUUGGCUGGGUCUUGAAGACUGUCUUCAACUGUCAAGAGAGCUCUUCAGAAACUGGGUGACCCAUCCAGAGAAUGAAAUACCUUAUCCGAUUAGAAAUGUGAUUUUAUGUUAUGGCAUUGCCUUGGGAAAUGAAAAAGAAUGGGACUUUUUGCUAAGUAUCUACAAUAACAAAACAAAAGAAGAAGAAAGGAUGCAACUUGCUUAUGCAAUGGGCUGCAGUAAAGAUCCAUGGAUACUUAACAGAUAUAUGGAGUAUGCCAUUGCUACGUCUCCGUUCACCUUCAAUGAGACAAAUAUAAUCCAAGUUGUGGCGGAAUCUGAAGUUGGCCGGUACAUCGCAAAGGACUUUUUAGUCAACAAUUGGCAAGCUGUGAGUGAAAGGUAUGGAGCACAAUCGUUGGUUACUCUCAUAGAUAUAAUAGGGAGAACCAUAAGUACGGAUUCACAGAUCGUGGAGAUGCAGCAGUUUUGCAGUAACGUGUUGGAGGAGCACCAGAGGCUCUCGAUUCAUGCCAAGUUACAGACGAUAAAGCAGGAAAAUCUGGAAAAGAAGAAGCGAAAUGCCAGGAUAACUGCGUGGCUACGGGAAAACACAUAAGUUAGCGGCUACUUCCAGCUCGCCUCUUGCAUAUUAUAAUGUAGCUUGCUCACAGUUUGGUUUUCCCACACUUUGUGAGUCUGGAAAACCACAUGUUUUGUUAUUUGUAUUUCAGUACACUUACUACCUGUUCUUCCCUUCUUGUCACAUUUGGCCCCAAGGCUCAGCCAUUGCUGAGGAUUUUGCCAACCCUGCUGUAUUUCCGGGGAAGAUUUCACUUCAUGUUGGGCUAUAAAACCACAGAAUUUACUUUAAAUGCCUGGUAAAAACAGUGGAGUAUGAAAUAAGUGGCUAAAUGAACACAUUCUUUUCUGAGGGAAAUACAGAUUUGCAAUACUCUAAGGCUUAUUUAGUUCAAUAUUUAAAAGCUCAAUGAGCAAAUAACACAACAAUGUAAGGAAACAGAAUCCAGAAAAAUAAUAUUCACUAGAAGACAGCAAAGCCAAAGAAAAUCAAGUUUUAAAAAGAAGGAGCAGACAAUUUUAUGAGCCAUAUUAAGUGCCCUAAAGGCAAGAAAUGUGUCUUUUCCUGCCCAUUUCUCUCUCCCCACAGUGGCUGCUGCAUCGCACCACACUUACUGGCUACUGAACUUUAUGGAGUCGCAAAAAGACUUAGGAUUGUAGGAUCCGUGAAGUGCCCUUGGAAUCGCUGUUGUGGAGGCCAGAGUGGAGGGGAGGGCUCUGCCCUGGAGCUCGACUGUGCAUUCAUCUGUGGGAUGGAUGCUCUUUCAACCAGUUUAUGAGCAAAAUUAAUGACGUCAACAGACCGUAGCAAUUAUGGGCUAAUCUUCAGCACAAAGGGAAAUUGUCAAAUAAGUAGAAAUAGAACUAAAAGGCUAACCAGAGCAUAAUCUUUACAGCUUUGCACUCAGGGGAGUAAGUUUGAAACGUGGUUUCAUUUAGCCAAAUUGAACCUACUUGUAGUCUGGACAACUUUAAAAAUUUUGACCCAUCACAACUUAUGGAAUUAGCUUAGUUUUGUUACACCCGAUUAAAUCAGGACAACUAAGGCACAUCAUCCUACCCUAGACUUUGUGUGUAUAUGAUAUAAUUCUGUUUUAAUUUUGAUUUUGUUUUUGUAGAAUGGGGGUAAAACUACAGAUCUCCUAUCUACCUCAGAGCGAUAUUGUAAAGAUUAAGGAAUCCGUCAAUUAAAAGCCUUUAAAUGUGUUAUGUAAACUCAUGGCAAUGUGAUCUAAGGUUUCCCCCUAUUUCUUGUAUAAGUAAAUGUGGCCACAAAUUAAAAUGCAAUACACAGUUCACUUCUGUAUUCGCUUCACAAGAUGCUUCGAGGGUGAGUGGGAAGCUAUGGGACUUGGCCACGUGGAAAAAUCAUGGGUCAUGGGUCAGAGUUUUCUUUAAAUUUAGAAAUUUAAAAUUUAAGCAAUAAAUUAUCUCCGUGUCUUCAAA